CAGAGCGCGGCGGAGCCGGAGCUGAGCUGGACCUAUACCAUGAUGACAACCUCUAAACUAAAGGGCAGAGGACAAGGCCCAGACACUCAGGACACCCUCCAAAUGGGGACACUGAACCAUCUAUCAUGAUCCAAGAAGCCAGGACCAGCUUCUGAUGGACUCCGAGAGCUUCCAGCUGGACAGUGAGAGCCUGUGGGCCUGGCUUGUGAACCUGCUGAGCCAAAACUCAGAAGGGCUGAGCGACAAGGUUAGGUUCUUCAUCCCUACCGUGGACCUGGACUGCAACAAUGAGGCCCCCGACCCUGAGGUCAUUCGUCAGCAGCUCAACAUGCUGUAUACCCAAGGCCUGGCCACCUGGAAGACUUUCAUCCACUGUGUGUGCAUGGAGUGUGACGUGCCUCUGGAGCUGGAGGUAUCACUGCUGAGCAUCUGGGGCCAAGAAGAUGAAUUCUCUAGACGUCCAGGAGCUGGUGAGGAGAGCUGUCCUGGACCUCGGUUGCACCAUGGUGUCAAGCGUCCUACUCAAAGCUAUGGGUCCUCACCCCGCCGGAAACAUUCCAGGAAACAGCAGCUAGAGUUGGCCAAGAAGUAUCUGGAGCUCCUGAAGACCUCUGCCCAACAGUACCAUGGUGGUGAAUGCUGGGGAGCAGGGCACACCCUUGCCUCCCCACAGGCCUACAUCCCCCCAAUUCUGCAGUGGGGCCGGGACACAGCACCCUUGGACACUUGGGAGGGAGUCACUGUAGGAGACCCUGAGGAGGCAGCGGGCGUCGAUGUGAUUAUCCAGGAUCUUUUCAACUUCAGGACCCACAAGGCACCUCAGGUGACAGUUCUACUGGGGAAGGCUGGAAUGGGGAAGACCACCCUGGUUCGUCAGCUCUGCUGGAGGUGGGCUCACGGCCAGCUGGACCGCUUCCAGGCUGUGUUCCUGUUUGAGUUCCGCCAGCUCAACCUGAUCACACAUUUGCUGACACUGCCCCAGCUCCUCUUUGAUCUGUACCUGAGCCCAGAGUCAGACCCUGAUGCUGUCUUUCAGUACCUGGAGGAGAAUGCCCACCGAGUUCUACUGAUCUUUGAUGGGUUGGAUGAGGUCGUUCACGCUGGUUCCGUGGGUGUUGACAAUGCAGGCUCGGCCCUGACCCUCUUCUCUGGCCUCUGCCGUGGGACCCUCCUGCAAGGCUGCUGGGUGAUGACUACCUCUCGUCCUGGGAAACUGCCUUCCUUUGUGCCCACAGAGGCAGCCAUGGUGUACAUGUGGGGCUUUGAUGGGCUGCGGGUGGAGAAGUAUGUUAGCCACUUCUUCAGUGAUCUGCUGAUGCAGGAAUUGGCCUUGGCAGAAAUGAGAGCCAAUGAGCGUCUCCGGGGUAUUUGUGCAGCGCCAGCACUGUGCAAGGUGGCCUGUCUCUGCCUCCGCCGCCUGCUCUCCGGAAGCUCUUCAGGCCAGUCUACAGCCCUCCCACCCACUGUAACCCAGUUGUACCUGAAGAUGGCAGAAACGUUUAGUCCCAAUGAGACUCUGCUUGCCAAAUCCUUGUUGGGCCUUGGAAAGGUUGCCCUUGGGGGACUGGACACUGGGAAAGUCAUCUUCUCUGUGGAAGACAUCUCUCCUCCUGUGAUGGCCUUUGGAGUCGUCCACAGCCUCCUGACUUCCUUCUGUAUCCGUAACCAUCCUGAGCACCAAAAAAUAGGCUAUGCUUUUGCACACUUCAGCCUUCAGGAGUUCUUUGCUGCUCUGUAUCUGAUGGCCAGUGACACAGUGGACAAAGACACACUCACCGACUACGUCACUCUCAACUCCCGCUGGGUGCAGAGGACCAAAACUAAACUGGGCCUCUCGGGCCAAAUCCCUACCUUCCUGUCAGGCCUGGCAUCUCACACCUGCCGUGCUUUCCUCUGCCACCUGACUGAGCAGGACGAAGCCUGGGUGGGCUCCAGGCAGGCUGUUAUUGUCCAGGUGCUGAGGAAGUUGGCUAGCCGAAAACUUACAGGGCCAAAGAUAAUAGAAUUGUCUCACUGUGCAGCUGAGACCCAGGAGCUGGAGCUGGCAAGGUUCAUUGCCCAAAGCCUUCCUUUCCAACUCUCCUUCCACAAUUUCCCACUGACCCGGGCGGACCUGGCUGCAGUGGCCAACAUUUUAGAGCACAGGGAUGUCCCCAUUCACCUGGAUUUUGAUGGCUGCCCACUGGAGCCCCACUGCCCAGAGGCUCUGGUAGGAUGCGGACAGGUGGAGACUCUCAGUUUUAAAAGCAGAAAGUGUGGGGAUGCCUUUGCCGAAGCCCUGUGCAGGAGCUUGCCUACUAUGGGGAGCCUGAAGAUUCUGGGGUUAACAAGAAGUAAGAUUACAGCCCGAGGCAUCAGCCAUCUGGUUCAGGCUUUGCCCCUCUGUUCCCAGCUGGAGGAGGUCAGUCUGAAUGACAACCAGCUCAAGGACCCAGAGGUGCUGAGUCUUGUGGAGCUGCUCCCUUGCUUGCCGAAGCUCCAGAAGCUUGACCUGAGCCGAAACAGCUUCUCCGUGUCAACCCUACUGUACUUGGUGAAGGUGGCCAUCACAUGUCCUACUGUCAGAAAGCUGCAGGUCAGGGAAUCGGACCUCAUCUUCUUUCUGUCCCCGGCCACAGAGACAGCUACAAAGCAAUCAGGAGCACCAGACCUACAGGACAAAGAUGGACAGAAGAAAGAACAGAGCCGAAGCCUGGAAAUCAGGCUUCAGAAAUGUCAGCUCAGGGUCCAUGACGCAGAAGCCCUUGUGGAGCUAUUCCAGAAAGGUCCCCGGCUGGAGGAAGUGGAUCUUUCAGGGAACCGCCUGGAAGACGAAGGCUGUCGACUUGUGGCAGAGGCUGUUGCACAGCUGCACAUUGCCCAGAAACUGGACCUCAGUGACAAUAAGCUCUCUAGGACUGGGGUGGCCUGUGUGUUGAGAGCUGUGAGCACGUGUGGGACCCUUGAAGAGCUGCGCAUCAGCCUGCUGACCAACACUGUGGUACUCACAUUUGCCCAGGAGCCAAGGGAGCAGGAGGGGAGCCGAAAGAGGGGAGCACCGCUUGCCAGCUUUGUGUCUCCUGUGGCCCCUGAGCAGUCCUGGAGCUCUCCAAGGGUCAGGCUGACACACUGUGGCUUCCUGGCCAAGCACAUGGAGGGGCUCUGUGAGGCGCUGAGAGCAAGCUGCCAGACCCACCACCUGGACCAUCUUGACCUGUCAGACAAUUCUCUUGGGGACGAAGGGGUGGCCAUACUAGCCCAGCUGCUCCCAGGACUGGGUUCCCUGCAGUCUUUGAACCUUAGCAGGAAUGGCUUGUCCCUGGAUGGCGUGUUUGGCUUGAUCCCAUGUAUGUCCUCCCUACAAUGGGUGUUCCACUUCGACGUCAGCCUUGAGAGUGACCACAUCCUCCUUCGAGGAGCUGGGACUGGCAGGGACGCACUAACUGGUGGGUGUGAACCAGAGUUUCCGGCUGGAGCCCACUUACUGGAGUCCCGUCAGCGUUACACCUCCAGGAGCUUCUGCCUUCAGGAGUGUCAUCUGGAACCCCUGAACUUUGGCUGCCUCUGUGCCACUCUGGAGAAAUGCCCAGGGCCUUUGGAAGUCCAAUUGUCCUGCAAGACCCUGAGUGACGAAAGCCUAGAGACCCUGCUGCAGUGCCUGCCCCGGCUGCCCCAGCUCAGCCUGCUGCAACUGAGCCACACAGUCCUAUCCUCAAGAAGCCCCUUCCUGCUGGCUGACAUCUUCAACCUAAGCCCACGGGUUCAAAAGGUCCAACUCAGGUCCCUGUGUCAUGCUGUCCUGCAGUUCAGCUCCAAAGAGGAGCAAGAGGGUGUGUGCUUUGGGUUCCCAGAAUGCAGCCUCCGCCAGGAGCACAUGGAGCCACUGUGCUAUGCACUGAGUAGGUGCAAAGCCCUCAGCCAGCUCGACCUCACAGACAACCGGCUGGGUGACGGCGGGCUCAGGUGCAUUCUGGGAUGCCUGCCACAGAUGCCCAUCUCCGGGUGGCUUGACCUCAGUCACAACGGUAUCUCUCAGGAAGGGGUCCUGUGCCUGCUGGAGACUCUGCCUUCCUGCCCUAGUGUCUGUGAAGUAUCUGUGAGUCUAGGCUCAGAGCAGAACUUCCGGGUAUGCUUCUCCAAAGAGGAAGGAGCCAGGACAACACUGAGGCUACAUGAAUGCAGCUUCAGCCCAGAACACAUCUCCAGACUGGCCUCCAGCCUGAGCCAGGCCCGACAGCUGACAGAGCUCUCGCUGACCAGGUGCCACCUGGACCUGCCACAGCUGACCAAGCUCCUUAGCCUGGUGAAUCGACCAGCAGGGUUGCUGGGCCUCAGGUUGGAAGAGCCCUGGCUGGCCCACAUCAACUUACCGGCUCUAAUGGAAGCCUGUGCCCAAGCCUCGGGAUGCCUUACUGAGUUAGGCAUCUCUGAGGGCCAGAAGCAGCUGUGGCUCCAGCUGGAGUUUCCUCACCAAGCAGACAAUUCUGAGGCCAUGGCCCUCAGGUGGGACCCAGCAUCUGGAGCUUCAAGGGAGUGGCUGGUGGCAAGAAGCAGGAGGUUGGCUCACUGCGACCCGGGGACCGACCACAGCCUUAUGAGACAGUUGGUGGAGACGUGUGCCAGACUGCAGCAGCUCAGUUUGUCCCAGAUUAACUUCAGUGACGAUGAUGACAGCAGGUCCAGGCUGCUGCACUAUCUCCUGUUGUGUAGCUGUGAGCUGAAGAGCUUCCGGCUGACCUCCAGCCAUGUGAGCACAGAGAGCCUCGCCUACCUGGCAUCUGGUGUGGGACACUGCUGCCACCUAGAAGAGCUAGACUUCUCUAACAACCGUCUCUGUGAGGAGAACAUAGAGCUACUGAUAGGAGCCCUUCAGGGGACAUGCAGACUAAAGAGGCUGCACCUCAGUCACUUUCCACUGGAAGCCUCUUCCUCUCUGGCCUUGCUCAUUCAAGGACUAAGCCACAUGACCCUACUGCAGCACCUUUGCUUGAGGCACAACAAGAUUGGAGACGUGGGUACGCAGAGCUUAGCUGCCAUCUUGCCAAGGCUGCCAGGGCUCAGGAAGUUAGAUCUCUCAUGGAACAACAUUGGCCCAGCUGGGGGAGUGCAGCUGGCGAAGUCUCUCACCCAUUGCAGGUGCUUGGAGGAGAUCACACUGGGCCACAAUGCUCUGGGGGAUCCCACGGCCCUGGGGCUGGCUCGGAGAUUGCCCCCACAGCUGAGGGUCCUGUGCUUGCCAUUCAGUCAUCUGGGUCCAGAGGGGGCCCUGAGCCUGGCUCAGGCCUUGGAACAAUGCCCACACAUAGAAGAGGUCAGCUUGGCAGAGAAUAACCUGGCUGGAGGUAUUCCACAUUUCUGUAAGAGGCUCCCACUGCUUAGACAAAUCAACCUGAUUUCCUGCAAAAUUGAAGACCAGGCUGCUAAGCACCUUGCCACCAACCUCAUGCUCUGCCCGAGCCUGGAAGAAGUUUUGCUGUCCUGGAAUCUCCUUGGUGAUGAGGUGGCUGCCGAGUUGGCCCAGGUCCUGCCGCAGAUGGGGCAGCUGAAGAAAGUGGACUUGGAGAAGAACCAGAUCACGGCACUCGGAGCCCGACUCCUGGCCCAAGGGCUGGUCCAGGGAUCCUGUAUCCCAGUCAUUCGCCUCUGGAAAAACCCCAUUCCUGCUGACGUAGCCCAGAGCCUGCAGAGCCAGGAGCCCAGGCUGGACUUUGCCUUCUUUGACCAGCAGCCCCAGGCUCUUUGAAGAACCCAAUGGAUCUCUCAAGACUUACGAGUCCAGCCCAGGGACAACAUCACCUAACCAGGAGAGGGGGCUCAGGAGAAGAGAGAGUCCUAUGAUGUCAAAUACGACAGGGAAGGCUAUGAAUGGUACACUAUGACCUAUUGACAUGAAAAGCUCAUGCUCAUGACAGGGUAUGCCAAAUGUGGCAUUACAUGGGAUUUGUAGAGUGGCUGGCACCUGGUCAGAGCCUCUUUGCACUGUAAGUGGCAGUACACGUGAUCAGGGAUCCACCCAUGAUAUGGUGUCCAUGUCACGUGACACUCAGCUUGCUGGGGAAACCACAGGCAAGUCUAAAAUCUAAUUUAUUAUUAUUUAAAAAAGAACAUGAAGCUAGGCUAAUGGUAUGGGCUAUGCUAUAUGAACAACCUCUUAGCUGUUCAGGAAUCUGAGGCAGAGGGGCUGCAAGUUCGAGGCCAGCCUGGGUAAUUUAGUAAGAUCCUGUCUCAAAAGAUCAAAACGGGCUGGGAAUACAGCUCAGUGAUGGAGUGCUUGCCUUGCAUGUGUGAAGCCCUAAGCUAAAUACUCAGUACCAUUUUCAAAAAGUAUUUAUAAGCAAUUUCUGGAGCAGCUGAGCCCAGGCAUCUUUCUGUCCUGGGUUGGGAAGGGAGUUAAGUACUGACUGUCCCAAUACCCCAAUUGUCAGGGCUCUGGGACAUGCCAAGGACUCACCAUGAAGUCCCUUCCUGCCAGAGCCCCAGUUCUCCCUUCUGUUAAUUGGGUAAGCCACCCUUCCAAGGAUGUUCAGCCCCAGCUUAGGAGCUAGCCUGACCUUGGGACAGUUCAGGCUCAUCUGUUCCUUCCUGGUAUACGGGACAAAGGCAAACCUAGGGGUCAGGAUUAGGUACUUCCAGAGCAUUGGGCCAGGCACCUGGCCCACCUACUACCUCAGCAGGAUUUAGAAACCCUUGAGACUCCAGGUUUUGUGUGUCUGUGUGUGUGUCUGUGUGUGUGUGUCUUCCAAGAGGGAAAAUAUCUUCACUGCACUCCAAGUCAAAUGAUCAAUAAACACAGACAGUCCUCCUGCCUGUA